CGGCUAGGAGCCUAGCGCCCCCGCCCGGGCCGGCCCCCAUUCCGCCCGCAUCCAGCCCGCAUCCCGCCGGGGAAGCGAGCCCAGUGCAGCGCUGCCCGUCCAGUCUUCGCCCAAGAUUUAAAGCCCGCAAGUUUUGUUCUUGAGACCAGCGACUUUCGCUCCGAUGCAGGAAGGAAAGCCGACCUCAGAUUUGGACAUUUAAAGAGCUGGGCUUGGACUUGGUGAGUUUCGCUCUAAACUGCCCUUGAAAUGAAGCUAGACUUGGAGGUAAAGUCACUGGGAAGCUGGCCUGGGGCGGGGUUUCCCCCUCCUCUCGUAUUUUAGAAACGGAUCGCAGCAGUGCAGCCCUAGUUUGCUGUAAGUUUCCUUCCUUUGUUACUGAGGCCCCCAGAGCUCCAGGCAUAAGUGGUGUGACCAGAAACCUUUUAACAAGACCCGCUUGAGAGCCUGCCUUAGAGCUCCCGCUCGGAAACGAAAAGACCACCCUAAUCCGCUGCGCGGCAGAACCAGUGUCCUGUGUGGGAGGAACCGCGGCGUGCCCUGGGCUCAGGACCCGCGAGGCCAACACAGUCCGCCUCUUGGCGGAGCGCCCCGGGCCGGUGGUUCCGCGCGGAGUUAGUCUGUGGUCAGUUACGUGGUGAAAACACUGCCGUGCCGCGGCCGCAUCUUUCCGCGGGCCGAGGCUUCUCUGGGUGGGAAUGUUGACUUCCCUUCCGGAUCGCUAAAUGGGGAAAGUUCUGGCCGCUCAGCGGGAUACGUCUCCAGGCCCCGGAUGGUUCGUUCUCCGCGCCGCGGCCCCGAGCUGGGCUCCCUGGGUCUCCCGCGCGGGCUCCCGGCACUGGGGCUGCGGGCCGCCCCCUCCGCCCCGCCCCCGCCCGGCGCGCCUUCUCGGCCGAGCGGUUCGCGGUCUCCGGCGCGGGAGGCUCCGAGUCUGCCCACUCCGGACCGAGCGAGGUCUCCGGGGGGGAAGAGUGGCUAGGAGGUGAGGACACGCUGGUCCUCGCCCGGCGCGUGGCGCCAGGACUUCAGGUGGCAUGGAAUGUUCACAUGGGAGAGCCACAUGAGGCCGCCCACCACGCUUCCUGAAGGAUGCCCGGGUGGAAGAAUUUUGACGUGCCAGUGUCCUCGUUCUACAGGGUGUUCCAUUCUUUCACAAUCUCAGAAAAAUGGGAUUAAAAGAAACUAUUUUGUGAAAUAAGAAAACUGUUUUCCAUUUUUAAUGACCAACAUGUAUUAAGAUGGACACCUACUCUAUGAAAUACGAAGUUCUAUGGUCCCGAAGAAGCCAGUGCCUAUCCUAAAUAAAAACAGACUUGAGUGGAUAUGAGAAUGUUGAUUAGUGGCAGAAGAGUCAAAAAAUGGCAGUUUAUUCAGUUAUUUGCAACUUGUUUUAUAGGGAGCCUCAUGUUUUUUUGGGAACCGAUCGAUAAUCACAUUGUGAGCCAUAUGAAGUCAUAUUCUUACAGAUACCUCAUAAAUAGCUAUGACUUUGUGAACGAUACCCUGUCUCUUAAGCACACCUCAGCGGGGCCUCGCUACCAGUACUUGAUUAACCACAAGGAAAAGUGUCAAGCUCAAGACGUCCUCCUUUUACUGUUUGUAAAAACCGCUCCUGAAAACUACGAUCGACGUUCCGCAAUUAGAAAGACGUGGGGCAAUGAGAAUUACGUUCGGUCUCAGCUGAAUGCCAACAUCAAAACUCUGUUUGCCUUAGGAACUCCUAGUCCACUGGAGGGAGAAGAACUACAAAGAAAACUGGUUUGGGAAGAUCAAAUGUACAAUGAUGUAAUUCAGCAAGACUUUGUUGAUUCUUUCUACAAUCUUACUCUGAAAUUACUUAUGCAGUUCAGUUGGGCAAAUACCUAUUGUCCACAUGCCAAAUUUCUUAUGACUGCUGAUGAUGACAUAUUUAUUCACAUGCCAAAUCUGAUUGAAUACCUUCAAAGUUUAGAACAAAUUGGUGUUCAAGACUUUUGGAUUGGUCGUGUCCAUCGUGGUGCCCCUCCCAUUAGACAUAAAAGCAGCAAAUACUAUGUGUCCUAUGAAAUGUACCAGUGGCCAGCUUACCCUGACUAUACAGCUGGAGCUGCCUAUGUAAUCUCGGGUGAUGUAGCUGCCAAAGUCUAUGAGGCGUCACAGACACUUAAUUCUAGUCUUUACAUAGACGAUGUGUUCAUGGGCCUCUGUGCCAAUAAAAUAGGGAUAGUACCACAGUACCAUGUGUUUUUUUCUGGAGAGGGUAAAACUCCUUAUCAUCCCUGCAUCUACGAAAAAAUGAUGACAUCUCAUGGACAUUUACAAGAUCUCCAGGACCUUUGGAAGAAUGCUACAGAUCCUAAAGUAAAAACCAUUUCAAAAGGUUUUUUUGGUCAAAUAUACUGCAGAUUAAUGAAGAUAAUUCUCCUUUGUAAAAUUAGCUAUGUGGACACAUAUCCUUGUAGGGCUGCGUUUAUCUAAUAGUACUUGAAUGUUGUAUGUUUUCACUGUCAGUGAGUCAAACCUGGAUGAAAAAAAACCUUUAAAUGUUUGUCUAUGCCCUAAGUAAAAUGAGCAUGAAAGACAAAUAUUAUGAAAGCCUAGUCCAUCAGAAUGUUUCUUUGAUUCUAGAAGCUGUUUAAUAUCACUUAUCUAUUUCAUUGCCUAAAUUCAUUUCAAAGAAUUCGUAUUUAGAAAAGGUUUAUAUUAUUAGUGAAAACAAAACUAAAGGGAAGUUCAAGUUCUCAUGUAAUGCCACAUUAUAUACUUGAGGCGUAGAGACGUUAUUAAGAAGUCUUGAUGUUAGAAUAAUUGCUUUUGGAAAAUACCAAAUGAACGUAUAGUACAACAUUUCAAGGAAAUGAAUACAUUGUUAGACCAGGUAAACAAGUUUAUUUUUGUUAAACAGCACUUGGUGGAGGUAGUAGGGGCAGGGAAAGGUCAGCAUAGGAGAGAAAGUACAUGAAUCUGGUAAAAGAAAGUCUCUUGUUCUUAAGAGGAGAUGUAGAAAAAUGUGUACAAUGUUAUUAUAAACAGACACAUCACUUCUUACCACAUCCAUGUAGCUAUUGGUGAUAGAGUCAUUAAAAUACCUUUUUUUUUUUUGGUAUCUUUUUUCAAGGUUAAUGAGAACUUUGAGAAAAGUGAGUAAUGCUGCCCUAAUACUUUGUAUGUUUUUAAUGGAUUUUUUUUAAGUAUUAGAAAAUGACACAUAACAUGGGCAGUUGGUUGCUCAUAGGGUCCUUCUGUAGGGAGAAACCAUUGUUAAUUCAAAUAAGCUGAUUUUAAUGAAGUUUUCAACUGGUUUUUAAAUAUUCAAUAUUGAUCUGUGUUUAAGGUUGUUAUUUGAAUGUAGUUUACAUAGAGGAAUAUAAUAAUGGAGAGACUUCAAAUGGAAAGAGAGAACAUUACAAGCCAAAUUUAUCCAUAAUUUUAUAAAAUGAAAUCUUAGUGUCUAAAUCAUUGUACUGAUUACUAAAAUUAACCCACUCCUCCCCAAUGAGGUCUUAUAAACCACAGCACUUUGUUCCAAGUUCAGAGUUUUAAAUUGAGAGCAUUAAACAUCAAAGUUAUAAUAUCUAAAACAAUUUAUUUUUCAUCAAAUAGCUGUCAGAGGUGAUCUUUAUUUUCUAAAUAAUUCAAACUUGAAAACAGUAAAAAAGUGAUGGAAAAGUUGCCAGUUUGGGGUUUAAACCAUUUUUAAAGCUGCAUGUUCCUUGCAAUCAGAGAGAUGUGUCUGAGAUCUAAUAAAGUAAGUUACAUUUAUUUUACAAAGCAGGAUAAAAAUGUGGCUAUAAUACACUACCUCCCUUCACUACAGAAAGAAUUAGGUGGUGUCUACUGCUAGGGAGAUUAUAUGAAGGCCAAAAUAAUGACUUCAGCAACAGUGGCUGAACUCACUCUAAGACCUUUGACAGCAGAGGCACCUGUUAGGGAAAAUAAGAUGUCUCAUAUAAUAAGGUAAUGUCUAAAAACAUGCAAAACAAAACUAAAAAAGAUUUAUCAGUAUACACAACUGGCUGAUGAUACUUAACAAUUUUUAGCAGGUAGCUUUUUAAUGUUUACAGAAAUUUUAAUUUUUUUCUAUUUUGAAAUUUGAGGCUUGUUUACAUUGCUUAGAUAAUUUAGUAUUUUUAACUAAUGUCAAAACUACAAUGUCAAACAUUCUAGGUUGUAGUUACUUUCAGAGUAGAUGCAGGGUUUUAGAUCAUCACAGUUUAAGUUUUCUGACCAAUUUUAAAAAACGUAGAGAACAAAAGCAUAUUUGACCAAGCAACAGGCUUAUAAUUAAUUUUUAUUAGUUGAUUCUUUAAUGAUAUAUUGCCUUUUGGCCAUAUAUACCCUGUGUAUCUAUACUUGGAAGUGUUUAAAGUUGCCAUUGGUUGAAAACAUCAGUGUCUCUGGCCAUCAAAGUGAUCUUGUUUACAGCAGUGCUUUUGUGAAACUAUUAUUUAUUUGCUAAAAGAACUCUUCUGAACCGUGUCCUUUUUAUUUUUGCUUAGAAUAGAAUGGAGCAGGUUUAAAUUUCAAGGAAAUAUGAAGGCACUUCCUUUUUUUUCUAAGAAGGAAGUUGCUAGAUGAUUCCCUCAUCACACUUAAAGUACUGAGAAGAGUAUUUGUAAAUAAAAGGGUUCCAACCUUUUAAAAAAGAAGGAAAAAACUUUUUGGUGCUCCAAAUGCAGGGCUAUCUUUUUUAAAAAUGUCAACAAAGGGAAAAUAAACUAUCAGCUUGGAUGGUCACUUGAAUAGAAGAUGGUUAUACACAGUGUUAUUGUUAAAAAUUUUUUUACCUUUUGGUUGGUUUGCAUCUUUUUUCCAUAUUGUUAAUUUUAUACCAAAAUGUUAAAUAUUUGUAUUAUUUGACUUUUGCUCUUGUAUGACAAAAUAAUUAGUGGGUUAAAAAAAAAAAUCUAUGAUUUCCAAUAAACAACUGAAAAAUUAUCA